UGAUCAUACACAAUAUGCGAUCUCCCUCUCUCAGCUACUCUCGCUACCAGCGACAUCUUCAUCCUAGAGGUCUUGGGCCUCGAGGGAUUGGAGGGCUUGCGAAGGUCGCCGUCGUUGGUACUUGUCUUUACUUUGUUUCGAAGAAGCUUUUUCAUCAUCACCAUUCUCAUCAUCUUCCCGAGUCGAAUGCGUUGCCCGUGUCUUCGCCUGUCAUCCAACACUCCUUUCCGACACGAGCCAACGAACCCUCCAAUACGCCCGGUCAAUGA